AUGCCUUCACUUCCUCUAAACACUUUCAGUUCUGAAGAGGAAUUCAAGUAUAUCGACAUUCUAAAUCUGAAAAGUAGUGUGCCUAAAUUCAAAAAGUCUAGAGAUAGCACAGCGAUUGAGGCUACUCAAAAUCUAAAACGGCGUGAACAACACAUUCUUAUCAGCGAGCACGGUAUACUAUUAUUAUCAGGUGUACUUUGUGAUGGUCAAAAAGUGGCACCAUCCAGCGAAGAAGACAAUGAACACGACAUGCUCGAAAAAGAUGAGCUUGUAGUUUCCAAAGAAGUUGGAAUUGUUAGGGGACGCCAGAUUGUUGAUUUUAGAAGAACCUUUGAACACCUCCCCGUAUCUCAGGAGAUGAAGAAAGAUCAUACUAUGUACAUCGAUUUUGUUACUCAUGAUCUUAUCCAUGCACACUGCUUCGAACCGAAAUAUUCUCCAUGGCGGGCUACACAGAGACGGCAUUCUAAUUUCAUCAAGAGGAAAAGAGGAACUAGGAGUGCAAAUUCAUCCAGGCAUUCGUGGAGUAAUGUUAGUUUCUACAAGGAAUAUAAUCAAGCACCUCCGUUAAAACAGGAAAAGACAACAUCUGCAGCGCACAAAUUACACAAAUCUAUAGAGCAGCAUAUCUCUCAGGCUCCAGCCGAAUAA